UUACAUGGCUUUCGGUUUUCCCUGGAGGAUCCUUGCAUAGUAAUCAUAGCUGGGUUUCUUUGGUUGUUUUGUUUUGCUGAGACAAGGUUUCUCUGUGUAGCUCUGGCUGUCCUGGAACUCACUCUGUAGACCAAGCUGGCCUUGAACAUCUGCUUCCCAAGUGCUAGGAUUAAAGGCAGGUGCCACCUAGAUGUUUCAAGUUCUCAGUCUUUUCGUUUUGGGCUAUGACAGACUCUUACUGUGUUGGUCAGGCUGUCUUCAAAGUGGCAGCCCUUUGGUCUCACCCUGAAUAUUAAGAUUAUUGGUAUGCAUUAUUACAUCCAGCUAAAUUAUCAGUUUUGCAUUUUCAAAAUCUCUACCAUAUCCAAGUCUGGGUCUGAUAUUUGCCUUGUCUCUCUUCAGAUCUUUUUUUCUUAGUGUGUCUAAUUUGUUGAUGAAAAUUGAAUAUAAUAUACCAGGUAAGAGGAAGAUAGUCCUUUGGUGUAAAUUCUUUUUUUUAGUCUGGCUAGGAGUUGGGAUAUAUUUAAGGUUGGGUGUAGCUAUUAUAACUGUGACAGAGGCUUUUUUUUCCUCCUCGGUUGUCAUUCCUCUCUACAGAGGCUGGCAGCUGUAACCCAGGUCCUUUCCUGGCUCUCUGCUGACCGCUUGUGUAAUAAAGUUUUGGGAAAGGAAAGCUUCCUUCAUCUUCAGCAGGAAUCUCUGAUUGUUUGUGGAUGUUUCAGACAACCCUGAACCUGACCUUUGGGAGAGAUUCUUCGCCUUUCUUUGCCCUUUAUGUGAAAGCUUGAGAGGACCUGAGAUUAAUUGCCAUUCCUAGGUCAGAUAAGGCCUCAUUGCUGCAGCUUGCCCUUGAAGGCCUCGGGAUUCUGGGCCUAUUUCACAAUAGCAGCCGAUCUCUGUUGUUGGAAGCCUGGAGGGCAUUUUUUCUAUCUUUACAGAAAGCAACCAUUGGAACUGUGAAAGGUAAACUCUGGCCAUGUUCUCAUAGAGAUUUCCAGCACCCACAAGAAACUCAACGAGACUCUCGAUGAGAAUUUCAAAAAAUUCCAUAAGGAGAUUAUCCAUGAGUUGGAGAAGAAGACAGAACUUGAUGUAAAGUACAUGAACGCUACUCUUAAAAGAUAUCAAGCAGAACACAGGAAUAAAUUAGAUUCUUUGGAGAAAUCUCAGGCGGAGUUGAAGAAGAUCAGAAGAAAAAGUCAAGGUGGACGAAACGCACUCAAAUAUGAACACAAAGAAAUCGAGUAUGUGGAGACAGUUACCUCUCGCCAGAGUGAGAUCCAGAAGUUCAUCGCAGAUGGCUGCAAAGAAGCGCUGCUUGAGGAGAAGAGGCGCUUCUGCUUUCUGGUGGACAAGCACUGCAGCUUUGCCAGUCACAUACACCGCUAUCACCUGCAGUCUGCAGAAUUACUUAACUCCAAGCUGCCCCGAUGGCAGGAAACCUGUUGUGAUGCCACGAAAGUCCCAGAGAAAAUCAUGAACAUGAUAGAAGAGAUAAAGACGCCCAUCUCUACCCCAGUGUCCGGGACGCCACAGCCAUCGCCCAUGACGGAGAGAAGCAAGAUGAUUGGGAAAGACUACGACACCCUUUCUAAAUACUCACCGAAGAUGCCCCCCGCUCCUUCAGUCAAAGCCUACACCAGUCCUCUGAUUGACAUGUUCAACAACCCUGCCACGGCUGGACAGAGCGCAGAGAAAACCAACAACUCCACAGCCUUGCUCACUUCAGCAAACACUGGGGACGAUCCCAGUUUACAGCGGUCGGUCUCUGUUGCAACUGGGCUGAACAUGAUGAAGAAGCAGAAAGUGAAGACCAUCUUCCCUCACACCGCUGGCAACAAUAAGACCUUACUGAGCUUUGCCCAGGGGGACGUCCUCACACUGCUCAUUCCCGAGGAGAAGGACGGCUGGCUCUACGGGGAGCAUGACACCACCAAAGUGAGGGGCUGGUUCCCAUCAUCAUACACAAAGUUGCUGGAAGAAAACAUGAAGGAAGCUAUGUCUGUACCAACACCAAGCUCUGCACCAGUGAGAAGCAUCAGCACUGUGGAUCUGACUGAGAAGAGCAGCGUUGUCAUCCCUCCUCCUGACUACCUGGAGUGCCUGUCCAUGGGAGCCACCUCCGACAAGAGAGCAGACGCUGCCAAGAUACCUUCUACUUCUACCUUCAAAGCCCCAGUGCCCAGACCAGAUGCCACGUCCACAUCUCCCAGUGACUCAAAUGGGACCGCGAAGCCACCAUUCCUCAGUGGAGAAAACCCCUUUGCCACCGUGAAACUCCGGCCGACAGUGACCAAUGACCGAUCGGCACCGAUCAUCCGGUGAAAAUGCAGAGGACCCUGCCGGAGUGGUUCUCUCACCUGCAGGGCGAUAGGUCUUCACUGCUGGACAAGUGCAGGCACUGACAAAGCCCGCAGAGGGUGCCUGAUCUCAAUGAACCCCGACUUGAGCAAAUCAAUGUAUUUUCUGUUUGAUAGAGCUGGGCUUACACAAUUUUGUCUUUAAGGUAAAUGAGUAGCUUAGUGCAUAAAUGAAUCGUUUGAAGUGUUUUCUUUUCUAUUUAAAAACAGUCAGUUUGGCUCCAGUUCUUUUUAAUUUUUAAGGAAACAGCCAGAUUAAGGGGUAGUAGGGGUAUGCUUUAGUGCCUGGCUUUCUGUAGCUGAAUGCAAGUAAGACCGGAGUUUUAUAAAAUAAAGCCUGUGUUCUUAAUGCAGUAUGAUGCUCAUCUAAAGAAAAUAUUGUAUAGGUUUGCAUCAGAGCAUGCAAAUCCAGUAAGCAAUGUAAAUUAUGGAACUAUAUUAAAUAUAAUUUUUUAAAUGA